AGGGUACUUAGUAGAUUUCGGAGGCGAUAGAGCUGCGUGUGUGUGAACAUGGAGAAAGAAGUUGGUUCGCUGCAGGAACAGGCGCUCAAGAGGAAAGAAAGACUCAAGGCUUUGCGGAAUAAGCAGCUUCACGGCCAAGACCAAGAGGACGGUGAACCCGAGCAGAAGAAAGCGGCGCUGGAGGACGCGGAGCAGGAAAGGCAUCGGGAGAUCAAGUUAAGGAACUACACCCCUGAGGAUGAGGAGCUGAAGGAGAGGCAGGUCCCCAAAGCCAAGCCUGCAUCAGUUGAGGACAAAGUCAAAGAGCAGUUGGAGGCUGCGAAUCCAGAGCCCAUCAUUCAAGAAGUGGACCUAGCGAACCUCGCCCCAAGAAAACCGGACUGGGAUCUGAAGCGUGACGUGGCAAAGAAGCUGGAGAAGUUGGAGAGAAGAACACAAAGAGCCAUUGCAGAACUCAUCCGCGAUCGUCUGCGAGGCAGCGAGGAGGAGCUCGCCGGGGCAGUUGGAGCCGUGGGGGUCGCAGAAGGAGACUCCGACUGAGAUGGAGGCCAGGUCGUGACUGUAAACAAUGUUGUCUUGUUUUAAAUACACACCUUUUUCCAAAUCUGUUGCUGUGAGGCCCACUGAAACAGGCUGAUGAUCUCACAGUGGCGUCACUUAUUUAUUGGGGAAACAACGUAAAGGCGAGUGAAUGCCUCGCUACAGUGAUGAGAUGAUGAGCCAGGGGUCUGCACCCGCCGGGUUCACAAGCCCUCAGCUUUAGAGGAAAUAGAAGUAUAACAUGAUAGAACCCCAGGUGCUGCGACCCCACGUUUCUUCCCCAAGCUAAACUUGUGUACAUAAAUGUGACUUCAUCGUCAGGAAGUGUUUAACAGUGGAGCUACAGUUUGGCCGCACAGGUGAAGGACACUAACUGUGACAUCAGUGGCUGGAGUGAGCGAGGCGGCGGCUGGGUAUUCCCACACUGGAGCCGCUUCAGUCGCAGUGUCCCCCCCCGGCCUCCAGCUUCCUGGCUGCAGGACCCAGCUCCACUUUGCAGACUCUCUGGGCGAACUUGAGCGAGCAAAGCGUCUCGCCCACGUUGCUCUCCAGGGCAGACACCUGAGCAGAAACAAGUCAAAUCCACAGCCGCAGUCGGGAGGGGGGGGGGGGACUCUCUGACCUGCACCACCAUGGCCGUCUUGCUGCCUUUCCCGAGGGAGUCCUGCAGGAGGUAGGUGAGGCGGGAGUUCCUGAAGGGGACGUGAGUCUGUCGUCCUCUCAGCGCCUGGAUCACGUCUCCCAGAGCCAGCAGGGAGCGGUUGAUGUUCUGCGCCUCCUUCAGCCGCUCUCCCUCCGCCCCAGAUUUCCACACGCGCUCCGAGCCCGCCAGGUCCACCAGGUUCAGCUUUCCUGCCAGCCAGCGGCACAUCAGUCCCGGCCGGAUCGGCUUCUCCCUCCCCGUCUGAGGUGGCUCACCUGUGGUUUUGGCGCCGGUGGCGAGGUCGGUGCCCCGGACGGUGAUGCAGAGCAGAGCAUGGGAGCGGGAGCUGUGCUGGUUCAUCUGUGUACCAAAGGUGAUCCUGUUCCUGCGGGCUGUGGCCAGGACCUGCGCAGAAACCAACGGCAUUGAUCGCACUCUGGUCCAGAGGAAAAUGCAGUGUUGUUGAAAAGUUCUCUAUUUUGAAAUCUUCACUCUGCCGCCCUCUGGUCUCCACAUCUCACCGACUUCAGCUGCUCUGUCCAACUUUGUAAAUGAUGUGUCAAACGUCUGCUGCACUCCGGUGAGCUACAAACCUUUUUAAUAUGCUGCAAGCUCUUGACCUCCAGCACUCGGAGUCCGGGCACGUGCAGCUGUCCCGUUCCAUCCGGGUUGAGUUUGAUGUCCAGUUUGUCGCCCUCCUUGCUGAGCAGAUCCCUGACACGUGAACGUGAAACGACACGGUGAGGUUUCAGCCGCAGACUCGAGAUCCCGCCUUCCUCACCUCAGCACUUCGUUGUAGAUCUCCACCGAGCUGACGGAGAUGGUGUAGCUCCACAUGUCCUUCCUCUCCUCCACCUCGGAGAACAGAUGCUUCAGGGCUCUUCGGUUAAUGCCUGGGUGCUCGGCGUUGCCCUGACAGUCACAUACGCUUCAACAUCUGGACAUGUGUGAGCAGCUCGUUUCCUCUCAUGAAUGUUGGCGCUGAUCCUACCUCCAUGGUGUAGGUUUUCCCCGAGCCCGUCUGCCCAUAGGCGAAGAUGCAGACGUGAUAUCCAUCGAUGCAGGAGACGACCAGAGGCUCGAUCUCCUGAAAGACCUGGAGACCAAACAUUGACUUGACUCAUUUCUGUCCUCAAACUGCAGCGUCAUGUCGGCUCAUGAGAAUAGCUUCAGUAUUAGCAUUUCUUUCAAUCGCCGCUUAAAAAAUCAAUAGAUUAGAUGAGAUUUUGUGAAAUCAAGUCUGUGGUUGACUGGUCGUUGAAGAGCAAGAGGCGCUUGGGUGGCACUACCUCUUCCUGAGUGGCCUGGGGAUGGAAGACCUUGUCCAGCUCAAAGACGCGGCUCUUCCCUUUGCUCAGCACGGUCAGAUUGUUGGGGUGUGCGGUCACCACCACGGACUGACCCUCCUGGUGCUGGUCCUCCUUGAGCACCGGCUUCACCCGACACAGCACUCGGAUGUUCCCUGGGAUUCCUCGGUUAGUCACCUCCGUCUUUGGAAGACUGCCACGCUUACCUCUGAGCUCCACCAGCUGCUCGUGGUACUUUCUUCGGAGGGCCACCUCCUUCCUGUAUUUCUCCAGGAGAUCUUUGUUGGCUUCAGACAUUUCACUGAUGGCAGCGGAAAUCUGGCAGAGAGGGGCGUUUGUCACCACGUGUUUGAACGCACGACGGCGGCAAACUCCUUCACCUGCUUCUUGGCCUCCUUAAUAGCUGCUCCAUAAAAGUCGGAGAAGUUUCGGACCUGGCUGCGGAGGCUGGCGUAGUCCGUCUUCACGCAGCGCAGAGUGGGCGGCAGCGACGUCAGGCGCCUCCGCAGACCUGAGGAAGCCAGCCGGAAAAGUUAGCGCUGCUUGGUGUGCGAGCGAAACAAGAGUCGUCUCCCAGACACGCACAGGAGAACUGCUGCUGCAGGUCCUGAAGGUGCUCCUCUGAGCAGCUGGCCGCAGCCUUCACGGCCUCUGCCUUCCUCUCCUCCAGGUGUCCGAUCUCCUUCAUUAGCUCUUCCCUCAACCUACUGAUCUCUCGCUCAUAAGCUGCAAUCUGGGAACAGCGGUUAGCGGUUAUGAGCGAGAGAUCAGGGAGGUUCCAGUCGUGGUCACCUUGUGCUGCAGGUUACAGCUGUGCUGGUCCGACUUGCUGAUCUGCUCCUCCAGCUGUCUGCAUCGCUCGCUCUGAUCGGCCAGCUUGCUGGACAGCAGCUCGUUCUUCUGACGGACUCUGCUCAGCGUCUUGAUGGUGGCGGGAGACUCCACCUCCACGGUCUGAGUCACCAACUGCAAAGGCAUGACUGUCACCGACUGGGCUGGAUUGUGCUGUGACGGGCGGCAGAAUCACCUUCACUGCCGGCUCCUUGCCUCGCUCUCUGUCCAGCUGCCGCUGCAGCUCCCUCGCGCGCUCCUCUCUCUCCCUCUCUCUCCACUCGCUCUGCCGCUGCAGGUGUGACAGCUGAUCGGCUCGCUGCUGAAGAGAGAUCUCCAGCUGCUGCACUCGGCCGCGCAGGCUCUCGUUCUCCUGGAGGGCACACGGGACGGGUGACCUGCGGCUCUGACCUCUGACCUGCGGCUCACCUCGAGGAGCGAGGUGCUGGGCUGCGAGGGGACGGCGCUCAGCUGCUGCAGGAGACCCUGAGUCACAGCCAGACUUUGCUUGAGAGUCUGGUUCUCCGCAGACAGACACAGCGCCCUCUUCUCUGAGUCGGUGGCACCCUGGACGCAGGCAAGCGGCAUCAGACGUGAGGCGCCACUCGGAGCAGAACAAAGGACUCACACUUGCAGUCCUCAGUCUGGACAGCUCCUCCUCCCGCUCCUCGAUACAACUCUUCAGCUCGUCGAUCUGCGAGUGACAUUUCCGGUAAAGUAUAAACCAACAGAGAUGAGACACAUCAGAAUAUGGUGAUAUGGAUCAUGAGCAUGUCCAGUGAGAUGUUAACUCGCGGUUCUGGGAGAGAAGAAGGAGAGCCCACCUGCUGCUCAAAGGCCUGGACGCGAGCGAGUCGGUCUCCGUCUGUCUGCUCCAGCUGCGAGUGGAGGAGCCGCAGCUCCCCUCUCAGCCUGCUCUUCUCACCCUGGAGAGCGGACAGAGACUCCACCAGCCUGUGGACUCCACCGCCGCUACACUCACCUGCCACACACACACACGGAUCACUUCAGAGCCCAGCAUCUGCCUGAGGAGGACCCUCUGUUGUACAUGCGCGGACACCCCACUGCACCCCAAUAUGUGGCCGAGGAAACAUCCAGCAGCACGUCCCGGACUCAACGUCAUGCUUGCUUUUCAAAGUCUUGGAUGCUGUAAAAUGAAGAUCAGAUCCAAGCCGUUUCACACGCAGUGCAGUCAGCUGACUUAACCUCAUUGUUGCAACCUUCCAGCCCGACAGAACAUCAGUCUCAGCGGAGGGGUACUGCCCAAUGUGGCUCAGGAAAGUGAACGGUUGAGACAGAUUCAUCCCAAGAGAUGAAUGUGACAUCACACCGAUAAAAAGGGACUGGAGGUCUAGUGUUAAAAGGCACUUUCUUCUUUCUCCCAGCUCAAUUCCCACCUUGUUCUUUAUUCACAGCGACAUUGUCUUUCAUUAAAUCUGGAUUACUCAAGCGGAUGCUAUUUUUAGAGCGACACGAGCGCACGUGGCGCUGAGCGUGUGCCGCCACUCGUCGGUGGCAAGUAAAGCAGCACACGGCCAUCAGUUAUUCAGGCCAGAGUUCCACUCUCGCCCUGCCGCACCAGGACAUGGAUCUGACUCCCACACCGCUGGAGGCCCGGUGGGACCGCGGCCGCUACUGAACUGCAUCUAACACGAGCUUUGGCAGAGUCCAGCGAAGAUAGGGGAGAGGUUUUGGUCAGCCCUGGGGGCCAGGAGCUGCCGUGGCAGUGGUUCUCACCCUCACUCAGCGGGCCGACGGCCUCUUCCAGGCUGCUGAUGACGCUGUCCUUGUCCCGGAGUCGCUGGCGGUAGGAGGCACGCAGGGCCUUCAUCUGCCGCCGGUGCUGGACGCGGUGCCUCUUGAGCUGUACGCGGUACCGCUCGGCUUGUUGCUGGAGCUGCUGGAAGUGCGAGUACUGCUCCAGGAAACUCAGCAAGUGGCUCAUCACGGCCAUCAGGGGCGACUCUGUCAGCUGAGCGACGCAUCGCGGUUGGUAAAGCGUCGACGUUGGGGAAGCUUCACUGACCUUCCCCGCGGGCUCUUGGGAGGCUUUCCUCUUCUCUGACUCCUGCUUGAAGGACAGGAAGGCAGCCAGAGGGGUGCACGCUGGGACGUCUGGACCGGCCUCCUCUUCUUCAUCAUCACUGAGAGACAACUCAUCACUGCUGCUGCCUGGAAGUCACAUGUGUUCAGGAAGGCGUCUUGACGCCGGAAUAAAACGUCUCCCUUCAACUCACUGGAAUCACCGAAGAGAGGCCUUUUCCUUAAUUUGGGGGUGGAGCCAUCUCUCCUCCUGCUCUCUGUUUCCACGGAAACGGCUCCCUGCUCCUGCGGCAACAGUGCGCACGAGCGUGAACAUUGACAACACUGAACGUCGUGUGUGUGCCAGUAGACGUGGAUGAAACCUGGCACAAGAGGACAUGGGACCUACUUCUGCCGUGGCUCCUUGCGGCCCCUCUGCGGCCUCCUUUUCCUUGAAGACCGUGUAGAAGAUGUAGACCAAAAGGGAGUAGAAGGCAUACAUCUUCCCCUGCUAGGCCUACGAAGCAGGGUUACUCCGGAGAAGCACAGAAUCAGACAGAAUUCUCAUCCUACCUGCUCACACAGGUCCUCGUCGGUGAAGACAGUCCAUGCGGGACACUGCCUCUCCAUCUACGUGCGCAGCGCUGACGCUCACAGCUGCAGCAGCAGCCUCCAACAAUGUGCAGCUCUGGUGUUCCCCUCUCCAUCCACAGGCUGCAGCCGCACUGAGCAUGCUCAGUGGAGUUCAGGGGGCUGCAGUGGAGGAGGGAGACACGUCAUGCUUUGUACAGAAACACCUUCAGGGAGGGAAGCCACCUUCCAGAACACCGUUUGGGGUUCAAAUUCAUCACUGAACGGACCAGCACCUGCUCCAGGACGUUGGUGUGUCCCUGUAAUGAACACUGGAAGGCCACACGCGGAACAGUGCCAUUUCCAAAAACACCUCUGUUGGAUAUUGAUAUGGAAAAUGACUCAUUGAAUGUCAUCUGGUUACAUGUAAACCAUAAGGGUGAAGUGCACCUGCAGUGAGGAAGAGAGUCGAGGUUUGAGAAGCACUCGGGUCAAGAUUUAUUCACUCUUUAGACCAGUGUUUUUCAACAUUUUUUUUUCGUUUGUCUCACCACCAACGGAACCAAACGCAGUUGUGGUUAGUUGAAAGUCCUUUGUGAAAGAUAUGACACUCAGCUACUUUGAAUUGCAGAAUUAUUUUGAUGUCGCCAGAAAUACAUCAUGAUUCAUUUAUUUAUUUUAAAUUUGAUUCCAUCGCAAUCUAUUUUGCAUGAUUUCAUUCUAGUUUGGGUGAUUUCCAGGCUAAUCUUUAACAUUCUUUGCAUCAAGUUGCUUCAUAACAACGACGAUUCUUACCCUUGUCACAUUUCGGAGCACAUUUGUUUGCUGCUGCAUUUAGUUUUUAGCCAACUUUGAUCGCCUACGAGUGUCUAGUUUUGAAGGGAGACGUCAGGUUAGCCAAGU